UUGGUUUUGUGAUAUGUGAAAUUUGAAUAAUUGCUUAAUGUCUUUAAAAAAUGUGUUUUCUGCUUUUUUUCUUUGUUUAUUCAUUUUUUCUUUUUAUUCUUCAUUUCCUUUUUGAAAUUUGAUUACUUAUAAGACUCUUUAUGAUGUUUCCUUCAGGUGAAAUUCCUAAGCAGGUUAAAGUGAAAAAAUUGAAGAACCUAAAGACUCUGGAUUCUAAACCUGGAGUUUAUACUUCUUAUAAGCCAUAUCUAAGUAGAGAUGACGAGAUCAUAAAACAAUUGCAGAAGGGUGUACAACAGAAACGCCCUUCUGAGGCUCAAAGUGUUAUUCUGCGACGCUAUUUCUUGGAACUGACACAAAGCUUUAUCAUUCCAUUAGAAAGGUAUGUGGCAAGCUUGAUGCCUUUGCAAAAAAGUAUUUCUCCAUGGAAGAGUCCACCCCAAUUAAGACAAUUCCUUCCAGAAGAAUUUAUGAAAACACUUGAAAAAACAGGACCUCAGUUGACCUCUAGAAUUAAAGGCGAUUGGAUUGGACUUUACCGGCAUUUUCUAAAAUCCCCAAAUUUUGAUGGUUGGUUCAAGACCCGGCGGAAGGAAAUGACCCAGAAAUUGGAGGCACUCCACCUAGAAGCUCUUUGUGAAGAGGUUAGAGAACAGCAUGUUCGUGUGGUAUUUACUUUAAAUAAAAUAAAAGUUAUCUUUAGAGGCUGGAAGGAUAUCCACAUCCACUACUUUAUAAAUAGUAAUAGCUAACUUUUCUAGAUCAUGUGCUAUAUGCCAGAGAUGGUGUAGGUGCUGUAUAUGGAUAAUGUCUUUUAAUUUUCACAAUUCACUGAAGUAGGUGUGUUAGGAUCUGCAUUAUGGGACAUCUGAGGAUUGUAAGUUAAGUGACUUGCUUCAGAUCACAUCACUGCUAAGUAGGGGAGCCAGCAGUGGGCUAGAGCCCACUUGCAUUGGCUUAUAAGAGCUGACUGUGCAUCUCCUCCUAGCUCUUUAUUCAGCGAUCUCAGGUUAGCAGCUUGAAAUCAGCUACAGUGGGAGUAUUACACCAGUGAAAUUAGCAAAUGCUACAAACCAGAGACUUCCUGGCGAACUGGUUGUUAAAUAUUUUCCAGCAUACCAAUUCAUGGAGUCAGGUUCAAAUCCAAGCAGUCUAAGACACUCCAGAUUUUUUCCAGCAUGCUUUAGUAACGUCUUCCAGCUACCAUUAACAUUUUUUUCCCUGUA